AUGGAACUGGCCUAUAGUUAUGUUAAGAAAUAUGCCUCUGCCAAGUAUCAUUCCUGUGCAGAUGAACCUCUUAAGAGUCAAGUUAAUGCGUUGUUGUCUCAGUGUCAGCAACAUAAUGAUGAGCUGCAGAGUAGACCGCUUACAAAAAAAGGUAACAAGGAGAAAUUGGCUAACAAAAUUGCGGUAUUGCUCAGAAUCACAGAAAUUUCUGAGCAAAUGGGGGAGCAAUGGAGAGCAGAAAGGAGUCAACUUGGAGAGCAGAUAGAGAAAGUUGGAGAUAAUCUUAGGAGCAUUGCAACUGCCUCCAGUGUUGAAAUUAAUGACUUGAGGGCUACAGUGUGCAAUUUAUCCGAAAAAAAUUGUGAGCUCCAAGAACAAUUGGAACAAUGCAAUGCAAACUUUGAUAUGAAGAGUAGGCUUGUUGGUUCAUUGCAACUAAAGUUAUCUCAUAUGGAGGAAUUGGUAAUGUCUUUGGAGAGGAAAUUGGAAGAUGCAAACUCCCAGCUACUUAGAAAAGAGCAGUGGAUAUUAUCCCUCAAUGAACGGAAGAAAACGUGUCCAUCAGCCAAUAUCUGUAUUGUCACUGAUGUGAAUACAUCCAAUGAGGUGGCAUUAACAAAUGAUCCUGGAUAUAUAGGGGAGGGCACUAGUGUACUCACAAUUAAUGAAAAACUUACAUUGUGCCAGAUUCUGGGUGAGUUUAAUACACUGGAGUCACCCGUGUGCCUAUCUCAUAAAUUUGAGGCUAUUGUACAGAAAUACACUUUGAGUGAUAAAGAUGCAUGCUCUCUUCUAAAGGCUUGGGUACCAGCACCUCUAGCAGCCCAGGUAUCUGCAUAUGAGAAUGAUAACUUAGAUGCAGAGGGAAGGAUGAAAGAACUGCAGCGUGUGUUAAAGAGUCGUGAUGAUAGAGGGAUAAAUGCAUUACAAAGAAUGAGAUUUAGAAGAGGAGAUGACCCUAUAUUGUUCUGUAACCAAUAUCUUUCACUGUACAAAAGUGUGUAUAACUGUCCUGGUAUGUCUGCUGAUGAUCCGAGCUUCAUAUACUCAAUGGCCAAUAUCUGUUAUGUGAACUAUCCUAAUAGGAUUGCCCUCAGAAAUGCCAAUUCAUACCAGAGCUUUAUCAAUAUACUUAGAGACUGGUGUGAUGAAUCCAGUGAUGGUUAUAGAUCAGAUGCAGAUAUAUCAGUAGUGAGCAGAGGUACAAGAAGGAAGAAAUUCAUCAGGUGUUACAAAUGUCACAGACCAUGGCACAUUCAGAGAUUUUGUAGAACCCCCGAUAUUUCAAGCCUGAUACAGGAUGAUAAAAGUAUAUCCACCCAGGACAAGGAAAGCAUACCACAGGAGCCUGAUGUAAUGGAUAACAGCCUUGGGGAGUCAGGAAAUGCUGAGGGGCAAAAGGAGGAGGUUUCAGCUAACAAUGGCCCCCAUCCUCCGAAUAGCCAACAGCCAUGGGGGACGAGCAUACCAAUGUUUGCACCCUGGGCUAAUCUUCCAUUUUGGCUGGAGCCACUGAAGGCAGCUUAG